CACUCACUAUCCGCACGCCACAAUCACAGUGGUAAACAAAAUCAGAAAUGGCGGGUGAUACUGGCCCCUCUUUAAAUUGUGAAACUAUUCAAGAAUAUCAGUCUGACGCUCGGAUUGCUUGCAAAUAUGGAAACAAAUGUUAUCAAACGAACCCAGUUCACAUAAGUAAAUACAAACAUCCACCUAAGGUUAGUGCUACUGCUGCAAAGGGUGCGAAGCGUUUCAAAAGAGGAGGCCCUGCUCCAAAGGCACCUCCUAGCAAUGCAUCAGAUGAUGAACACGUAUCUGAUGAAUCGACUGAUUCAGCUUCCCCAAAGAGGAAACCACCCCCAGCAAAACCGCUUGGCAACAAUGAGAGUAAUGAAGGUGCCAAACCAUCAUCUUCACGGAGUACAGACUCACCUCAAGCCAGUGAAGAUGCCACAGAUCACUUUAAUAGUGAACCGACAAUGCCUCCUUCACCAGCUGAUAUCAAACUUAGCAUCAAGCAGAAAUUUUUGUUUGAAAUGCCAGAGGACUUUUACAGCUUUUGGGACUUCUGCCAGUCCCUGAACGGACGUAAUCCAGCUUUGGCAUUCAAGGAUGUGGGUUUGGAGCUUGUUGGACCAUUCGACCUCCUUUCAAGUCACUUCAAACUGAGUGAUAAUAAAAGAAAACAACCAUUCUUCUUACUACAUUGGCGGUACUACUAUGAUCCCCCAGGAUUUCAAACUGUUUUAAAAGGCGAUGACCAAAAACAAUUUCAUGUUGGAUAUUACAGAGAUGAUCCAAAAUGUAUGCCUGUUUUUCUAGCAAGUAAUUGUGCAGCGAAGGAUGGGGUGUUUCUCCCAGUGGCGGAGAAUAUAUUUGGUGCUGUAAAUGCAUUACUGAAUGACUCUAAGAAGUCAGCUACACCUUUCCUUCAACCUAAAAUUCAGAAGUUGCAGAAAGCUAUCCAAGAAUAUGCUAAGGAAUAUGGGUUUACUCUAGAGGCUAAAACAUCAGCAAUGAAGCAAAGAGAUCGCAAAACUGUGUGUAAAACUUUUAAUGGAUUGGGUCUCCUUGUACCAGUGGAAAAAAAGACUGAAGUUGGAUAUCGAGAACUUAUUGAAACUGAUGCUAAUUUAAAAAGAAUAUUGAAAAGAAUUGUUGAGUGUGAAAAAGAAGAUUUAAAAGAGAAGGCUCGAGACCAACUUCAGCAGGUGGUCACUGCUGCUAAUAUUGCAAAUGAUGAGUGUGAUUUUGGCACCAGCGUUGAGCUAGGCUUAGACCUCUUCGCUUUUGGUGGGUCAGAGUUUGAGCAGACAGCAUUACAACUCUUGUCUACAGGUUAUAGUCUUCUGGGCAGACCCGAAUUCGCCAAAGUGGCUCAGGUUCACAUUAAAAAUCGUAAGAAAGGAAGCAAACUGGAUAUGUUAAGUUCAUAAUUGUCUUUUUAUUUAUCAGCAUUUUUUAUAUUAAAUUAUUUGUAAAUAAACAAGUUUCAAAACCCGUA